AUGACUUCUCACAUUAAAAUUCCAUCGCAUCUAACUCCUUCUGACCCUCAAGGAUCAGAGUUAUUAGCGAGAGAAAGAUCCAAAGCAACAUUUAAUGUUAAAGAAUUAACUUUGGUAUUGUUAGGAUCCGAAGAGUUAUCUAGAAUAAAAAAGGUUUUAACCAUUUUGGAGAACGAUCCUACGCUUGAUAAAAGCAAUAUUUAUUAUAUGGGAAGAACCGAUUUGUUUAAAUAUGCUUUAAGAAAAGAUAAAAGAAUGGUUCAAUUGGCUGCGAUGUUCAUUCCAACCUUAAUGGGUCAGGGAACCGAAGAACAAAAAAUCAAAUUUCUUAAACCAGCAAUGAAACACGAAAUCAUUGGAUGUUAUGCACAAACUGAGUUAGGUCAUGGAUCAAACGUUCAAGGAUUAGAAACUACUGCCACUUAUAUUCCUGAAACGGACGAGUUUGAAUUACAUUCUCCUCAUUUAACUGCUACCAAAUGGUGGGCCGGUGGACUGGGAAGAUCCGCUAAUCAUGCGAUUGUGAUGGCAAAAAUGAUAACUAACGGACAAGACAAGGGCCCACACCCGUUUAUUGUGCAGAUUCGAGAUAUGACAUCUCAUGAACCUUUGCCGGGAAUCACUAUUGGAGAUAUUGGUCCAAAGUUUGGAUAUAAUGCAACUGACAACGGUUUCAUGCUAUUCGAUCAUGUGCGAAUUCCAAGAUUCAAUAUGCUUUCCAAAUAUUCACAAAUCAUUAAAGGUACCGGUGAAUACGUAAAUCCACCAAAUGAAAAAUUAUCAUAUGGCACCAUGAUAUAUGUACGUUCAAUUAUUAUAGCAGGUGCAGGGUUAGCUCUUGCACGUGCUGCUACUAUUUCUAUCCGGUAUUCUGCUGUAAGAAGACAGUUUGUUGAUAAAGAUAAUCCAAUGAUAUUGUCGAAUGGCAAAGUAGUAGAAACAGCUGUUCUAGACUAUACAAUGCAACAAUACAGACUAUUUCCCGUGAUUGCGCAAGCCUACGCUGUUUAUUUCACUGGAGAAAUGAUUUCUAAUUUAUUUAAGCAAUAUACUAAGCAAAGUUCACGCGGUGAUUUUUCAUUGCUCGCAGAUUUACAUGCAUCCACCAGUGGUCUUAAAUCACUAACCACUACAAUGGCUGUGGAUUCUGUUGAAGAUUGUCGAAGAGCAUGCGGUGGUCAUGGAUAUUCAAGUUUCAGUGGAUUUGCAAUGUUUUAUCAAAAUUAUUUACCCAAUACUACUUGGGAAGGUGAUAAUUAUAUCUUGACCCAACAAAUCGCGCGUUAUCUUUUUAAAACAUAUCGUGAAAUCAUUCACAGCAAACAACAAAGUGAAGAAUUCUCUUUACGCUCAAACGCAAACCCAACGAUCUCUUAUUUGCUCCGAUACUUAAACAACCCAACUCAGAAAUGUACCGUCACUUCACCAUCUGAUUUUAAAAAUCCUGAAGUCCAAAUUGCAAUCUAUGGUCAUCGAGCAGCUUAUUUAAUUGCUCGAGCAGUAGAUCAAAUCGACAACCACAAAAAAAGUUGGAAUUCAAUGCUUGUAGAAAUCAAUCGAAUUUCACGUGCUCAUUGUCAAUAUAUAUUGGUUCAAAACUUUAUACUCACUUUACAACCUCAAACAUCAGGUUCAAUUGAUGAAAAAAGACGUAUUUUACAUAAUAGUUCAAGUUUAAAAACAGUUUUAACUUCAGUUUGUAAUUUAUUUGCAUUACAUACUAUGGAGAAAGAUCUUUCGGAUUUUUUAGAAUCUGAAUAUUUAUCACCGAAGCAAGCAGAAAUGUUAAGAAUUCAAGUUUCCGAAUUAUUAAAUGAAAUUAGGCCAAAUGCUGUUGCAUUAGUUGAUGCUUUUAACUUACCUGAUUAUUUAUUAAAUUCGGCAUUAGGAAGGUAUGAUGGAAAAGUUUAUGAAACUAUGAUUGAAUGGGCAUCUAAAGAACCGUUGAAUGGUAUCACACCAGAUAUUAAUCCUUAUAGUGAAGUUUUGUUUAGAAAUGAUGUCAAAGCUAAAAUUUGA